AAAAGAAAACUUCAACAUUCUUGCCUAAACAUGAACUAUUCAACGAACCAAACAAUCAAACGCAAACGCAAUCGUACUUAGCAAACAAAAGUACUAAAAGUGAGUGCAAGAACAUGCAGAGUAACCCCUUCUCUGACAACAGCACCCAAGAUUGGGGGUGACCACAGUGCUGUUCCUGUUUGGAGUGCUAAAAUGCUAUUUCUGCAAAAACAUCUGUCAAAAGAAGCUCUUCCUGCCCAUCAUCUCCAUAAAUUUGUGGGCCACCAGUAAAUUGUCAUAGCUCACUUGUUUAGAACUUUUCGGUAUAUGGAAUGCUCACGGGCUCAUCCAUCCACUCACGGGCCGCGGAUCCAGUUUUGACAAACACAUGCUCAGGAUUGCUGCUUUACCCCCACUCCAACCCACUAACUUACACUAUAAAUUUAGCCUUUUCCCCUUCCCCUGCUCCUGCUCCUCUGCUAUGCUUUCUUGCUCUAAUGGUUUUCAGUUUUCACAACCAGUCUUUUUUCUUCUGCUCAAAAGCUGCCUAAAAGGAGGAAGAAAGGGAAUGAUGAUGGGAAGAAUUGUGGGCAUUCUGCAUUUGAUUUUGUUAUUGUUGAUUUCUCUGCCUCUGGUUCGAGCUCAGCUGUCUGUGGAUUAUUACAAACAGAACUGUCCUCAAGUAGAGAACAUCAUUCGGGCUGAAAUGAUUAGAAAACAAUCUGUCAAUCCUACCACUGCUGCAGGCACCCUUCGCAUUUUCUUUCAUGAUUGUUUCGUUGAGGGAUGUGAUGCUUCUGUACUUAUUAGAUCCACUCCCAAGAACAAAGCCGAAAAGGAUGCAGAUAUAAAUCUGUCAUUGCCAGGCGAUGGGUUCGAUGCUGUAGUCCGUGCAAAGACUGCUGUUGAAGCUCGGUGUCCGGGCAUUGUUUCCUGUGCAGAUAUUAUGUCCAUUGCAACUAGAGACCUAAUAUCCCUGGUAGGAGGGCCUUAUUACCCUGUGAAGAAGGGGAGGAAAGAUGGGUGGAUCUCACAGGCCUCUAGAGUUGCAGGAAACCUCCCUCUCCCUACCAUGAAUGUGGAUGUUCUCACUGCACUCUUUCAAUCAAAAGGCCUAACUCAAGCUGACAUGAUCACUCUCUCUGGGGGCCACACAAUAGGAUUUUCCCACUGCAAGGAGUUCAUGCACAGGAUAUACAGGUACAAUAGGACAAUCCAUGUUGAUCCCACCAUGAAUUUUGAGUAUGCAAUGGGGUUGAGAAAGGCCUGCCCUAGAAAGAAGUUGGAUCACAGCAUUGUGGCCUUCAAUGAUGUAAACUCACCAAGGAAAUUUGAUAAUGGCUUCUACAGAAAUCUGCCACAGGGCCUUGGCUUGCUUGCAUCAGAUCAAAUCCUUUACAGUGACCCUCAAUCCAGGGGUCUAGUGCAACUUUAUGCCUCUAACCAGACAGCUUUCUUCAAUGCCUUUGCUGCUGCCAUGAAUAAGUUGGGGGCAGUGGGUGUCAAGACCGGCAGUGAAGGAGAAAUCAGGAGAAGAUGUGAUGCAUUCAAUUGAACCAUCUUCACCUCUUCUUCCCUCUAUGCUCUCUAUUCACUAUCUCAUGUUAUGGGGAGAUCAAACUUGAGUGGUUAAAUGUGUGGCUAUACUGGGUAAUUUAUUUUACUUGCAGAUAUUUUUGUUUUAAAUAUUAUAAAAUUUUAGAGUUUAAAGUAUAACUGUUCUUUUUGAAUAUUGAAG